CAGCUUUCUUGUCACAUAACUUGUCAUUUAUCCGGCUCGAUGUAACAUUGGGGUAGGGGCGAAAUCUCGCAGUAAAAGUGAUACUGUGUUGGAUUUUUUGAAAAUUUCUUGGUACGAACGCGGCGCCUAAAUUACCAGUCGACAUGCUGCUGCUGGAGACUCCCAAUCCGCAUUUCAUACCCGGGUACACGGGCUUUUGUCCCCAGUAUAAAUAUCGCAUUGGCGAUACCUACGGCACCAUUACGCACAAAGUGCUGUUAGAUCCCGCUGUAUUUCACGCCGAAAAAUUGGUGUUAUCUGAUAGAUUUGCCGACGAUUAUCACGUUGUUCGGCCACCUUUAAAAGAUAUAGAUAUAGUAAAUGAUAGACAUGGAGACACGAUUUAUAAACAUCCUAUGGUUCCUGGAUACGAAGGAUUCGUGCCUCGAGAGCACGGGAUAUUCGGUCAAAGGUUUACAGUGCAAGCCACCGAAGGCCUUUCGGAUUUCGAAAAAUCCCAAAUGCUGAAGAGGCAGAAUCUGAACGAAAUAACCAAAAUCGGCUAUCUGCAAGACAACAAAUGGGAUCCGAAAACACUAGACGAGAAGCAGCUGGGCCAGAGCGUGUACAAGUUGCCUUUGAUGGAAGUGAGGCCAGAAUGUGCGGGAUUGCUGAGGAAUAUACCGAUAACUGAAGCGCCCAUCACGCCUCCCAGCCACUCUGCCAGCCCCUACUUUUGCGAUAACGACAGGCCCGAUAAAUACCUCAAAGCUGGAUUUACCGGGCACGUGCCGUUCGGCUACGCCUCGUUCGGCAAAACCAACCAAGAGAUGACGAACAGCGCUCUCUGCGAUUUCACGUCGAAUUAUCGAAAGCGAUUGAGCAACGAAUGGGCGCCGGUGCAAAUCGACAGGCCCAAUCCCCCCGUCCUGAUACAACCCACUGAAAUUUACCACAAACACAUCGGACAGAUGCCCAACUACGGGGGACACAUCCCCGGCGCGAUAUUUAGGUACAUCUACAAGGGGGGACAUGGAAUUUUCGACUGGUUGCGCUGCUUUCAUUGUAAUUUUUUUUAGAUAUGGUAAAACGUACGGAAACGAUUCGAGGGAUGCCAAGCGAUGGUUAAGAGGCGACUUUUCGUCGUAGCAUUAAUUCUAUUAUAGGAUUACGAAAUAGUUACUGGUCUUCCAAACGAACAGGAGCGCAUUUGAAGGAAGUACGUUCG